UGUAUCCUUUUUCCCUUUAUAACUUCUGGCCGGGUCCCGAGUUCGGGGUCUAAGCAUCUUAAACUGGCUCCCCUCGUCGGUCUCCUUCUUCCGGUGACCAGAUUCUCUCGGUUAAAUCAAGUUUUACUAUUGAUGGAGAAAGGAGGAAAGGGGUAUUCGUCGCUGAACAAAGGAGGAUCCUUAAAAGGGAAAGAUGACAGUGCUGCAAAAUCAGCAAAGGGGAGGAGAGUUCAGUUUGCUGAUGAAGGAGGAAAGGGAGAGAAGACUGCAAAUGGGGGAAAGAGUCCUAUGUCUAAAAGCUCAAAACAAUCGGAGUUUGGGAUUGAGCAGGAACUUCCAAAAAAUAUCAAAUGCCUGAUGAAUUGUGAGGCUGCUGAUAUUUUACUAGGAAUUCAAGAUCAGAUGACCAUGUUAUCUAAAGAUCCAUCUAUUAAAAUACCUGUAUCAUUUGACAAGGGACUGCAGUAUGCCAAAAGUAAUAGCCAUUAUAAAAUGUCGGAGACUGUCAGGAGCAUUCUUGAGCCUCUGGCAGAUCUUGGUGUCUCUGAGGCUGAGCUAUGUGUGAUUGGUAAUGUGUGUCCAGAAACUUCGGAAGAGGUUUAUGCUCUCAUCCCGUCACUAAAGGAGAGGAGGAGCAGGAUUGAGGGACUUCUCAGAGAUAUGGUAAGAGAGCUUGGGAAGCUUAAAAAGUCAAAGUAAAGCCACGUGAUAAAAGGCCUGCUUGUAGGUCAGUUUUCUGUUACUAUGCAGCAGUUCAGAAUCUUUCCUUUGCUUCUUUGCUUCUGUAUCGGUUUUUUCCCGCUUAUGUGUACAUAAAUGCAGGUUUUGAAUACUUCUGUGGCAUGUUGAAUGCUGCAGAUUUAUCAGUUUAGAGAUGUAGAAGUUAAUUAGCGUUCUGUCAAACCAUGUGUGUCAUGAAAAGCACUUCCUGAACAUGUUAGCUGAGACACAGCAUCAAGCGUAAUACAUGUUUUAUCUGUC